UUUAGAACACUCCAACCACCUUAAACGACAUAAACUCCCUUUCACAACAAUAUAAAAAAAAGUGAAAAACAUCAUUCUCUCCAUCACAAAAACACCAAACGAAAAAAUGGAGAAAUCAGCAAAAUGGGAAGGCAAAGCCAGCGCAAAGCUCCUCCGGCCCACCGCAAGCGAGGUGUGGCCGCUCGUGGCCGAUUUCUUCGGCCUCCACAAGUUCCUCCCCGCCAUCGACGCCUGCUUCCAAGUCGACACCCUCGUCCGCCACUGCGCCGCCGAUGCACACUGGUGCCGCGAGCGCCUCACCGCCAUCGACCCGGCCGAGAAGCGGCUGAGCUACGAGGUGGUGGAUAGUAACAUGGGGUUCAAGCGGUACGAGGCAACGAUGAAGGUCGUGGACGGCGGAGAUGGAGCGGGGUGCGAGAUCGAAUGGUCGUUCGUGGCGGAUCCGGUGGACGGGAUGAGCUGCGAGGAUUUGGCUAAGUAUGUUGCGGUGGGGCUGCAAGGGAUGGCUAGGAAUAUGGAGAGGGAGUUGGAAGCUCAGUUUAUUAAGUGAAUUAGUUUAAAUCAUGUUUAGUUUUUGGUUUUUGUGUUUUGGUUUAGUUUAAUUGUGAAUUGUGGCUGUGUUGGAAGCUUGGAAUUGAGAAGAAAGAAACUGUUUAAUCA